AUGGAGGAGAACGUUACAGAAGACAGUAUCCUAAGCACCGAGCUUAGAGGCCAGGAGAUCCGAAUCGAAGAGGUUCCGAACGAGGACACGCUUGUGGUGUACUUAUCGCGAGGUGGUAGAAAUGCAAAGGAAUCCCAAAGCGCAAAUAGCAAUAACACAGGCGACAUCGAUAAACACGGGAGGCAUAGAGCUGAUAACUGCAUCUGCCUUUCAAAGGUGCACUACGAAAUAGAUGGAGACAUUCUCUGCAUCAGAGAGAUGAAGCCAUUUGUCUACAUCAACAAAAUCUCGAUCCUGCGCCGACGCAGUACAAAUAAGACAAAGGAAGAUACUGAGACACAGAAAAGUCCAUAG